CAUACCACCUGCUGGCCCCAUGAGUUGAAUCUUGUGGGUAUCUCAUUUAUGAAAUUAUUUAUUGUAUAACUUUGUUAGACAGAUGAGGAAGUCAGACUACUAAAGAAUUUACUUGACAGGGAAAAUUAAAAUGGAGAAGAAUUGAUUUGUUGUUACUUUGAGUUUAUUUAAGAUGAAUGUCAUUUUUAAAAUUAGAGGUAUUUUAAGGGCCAAAAAUAUCCUCUGAACUGGUCCCAGGAUACUAUCAUGAGUAGAAAAAUCCCACCUAAAAGGUGGCAAGUUGGGCUUACCUUAAUCUUUGCAAAGUCAGAAGUCUCUCAGUAGCUUUCUGUCUCUUUACAUACUUGUGGAUUAGAACUCUUUAAAGCAAAUUUUUUUUUUAAACUUCUGAGCUUAAAGAACAGUUGCAGAAUGGAUCUACAUAAUCAGAUCUCACAUUUUAAUCAGAGUCACAAAUUGUUAACAUUUUGCUGUGUUCACUAUACUGGCCCCUGUAUUGUAUUUUACUUUAUUUUUGCUCAACAGUUUGAGAGGAGUUUGCAGAUAUCUUGGACUGAAAUACGUUAGCAUAUAUCUCUUGAGAACAAAGACAUUCUCUAACCUGUAUAAUAGUAUUAUCUAAUAUACAGUCUCUACUAGAAUUUUUUCUCAUUGCCUCAAAAAUGUCCUUUAUAGUGACUUAUUUUCCACCCAAAACCCAAGAUCAUGCAUUGCUUCUAGUUGUCAAGUAAGUUUUGUUCCCUCUGGAACAUGUCACUACUGUCCAGAAAUGCAGGAUAGUCUUUUGACUGAUUUCCUGCAAGCUUUGUUGAAAAAGAAAAAAAGACAUUAGGAAUUUCAAAGAGACUGCUUGCUGAAAAACCAAAUUGCUCAGGGAAUUUGUUUUUAAUUUUUAAAACUUUGGCUGGGUUUUGGUGUCUUGACUCAGCAAAGUUGAUAAUGCAGCAGGGCUUGGUAAGCAUUAAAGAGGGCACUGAAGCUUUCCUUUAUUUCAUAAUCCCAAUUGUUUUUCUAGAAACCAUCAAUAGCCUCUAAAUGACUGACUCAAUUUUUGGAUCCUAUUCUCAUGACCAAGCAAAUGUUUGAUUUGAAACCAGCCCAGUAUAAAUGUCUCUGUGCCUCUAACUCUCUGUAGCUAUUCCUGGAUUUCUUUCAGCACUGGGAAAACCAACCUAUGCACCAAAAAUGUCUAAAACUGGAACCAAGAUUACUUUCUACGAAGACAAAAAUUUCCAAGGCCGCCGCUAUGACUGUGACUGCGACUGCGCAGACUUCCACAUGUACCUGAGCCGCUGCAACUCCAUCCGCGUGGAGGGUGGCACCUGGGCUGUGUACGAGAGGCCCAACUUCGCCGGGUACAUGUACAUCCUACCGCAGGGCGAGUACCCUGAGUACCAGCGCUGGAUGGGCCUCAACGACCGCCUCAGCUCCUGCAGAGCUGUGCAUCUGCCUAGCGGAGGCCAGUAUAAGAUUCAGAUCUUUGAGAAGGGGGAUUUUAAUGGUCAGAUGUAUGAAACCACUGAAGAUUGCCCUUCCAUCAUGGAGCAGUUUCACAUGCGAGAGAUCCACUCCUGUAAGGUGCUGGACGGUGUCUGGGUUUUCUACGAGCUGCCCAACUACCGCGGCAGGCAGUACCUCCUGGACAAGAAGGAGUACCGGAAGCCCAUCGACUGGGGCGCGGCUUCCCCAGCAGUGCAGUCUUUCCGCCGCAUUGUGGAGUAAUGGCGUGGCUGGGGCUAAAGGCUUCUUCCUUGGGGCCACGUGCUGGCUGGCCUUGUGAUCCAGAUACGCACAUAAAUAAAACCAUUGGCAUGCAUCCCA